AUGGGUCAAAGGUUGAGUGAGGGUGAGACGGGCCACACCGACCCGUGCCAGCUCAAGUACUGCGGCCCCGGCCGCCGCUGCGCCGUCAACCAGGCCACAGGCCGGGGAGAGUGCGGCUGCCCGGACCGCUGCAAGGAGCGCUACAAGCCCGUGUGCGGCUCGGACGGGAAGCUCUACUCCAACCACUGCCAGCUGCACCGCGCCGCCUGCUCGCAGCGCCGCAGGAUCGCCAUCGUGCACGGCCAGGACUGCUUCUACAAAGAUGACAACUGCGGGCUGAGCGACUUCCGCAGGCUGAAAGUGGCGAUGCUGGAGCUGUACGACAAACUCUACCAGGGGUCAAAGGUCCACGGCGCCCACCGGGACAACAUGGCCGCCAGGAAGCAACUGGUGGACGAGAUGUUCCAAGGCUUCGACGCGGACGGCGACGCUCACGUCUCCGCUGCGGAACUUUCCCAGGUGGUCACGCACGAGGGUCUGACCAAGGACGUGGGCGAGUGCUCCUUGUUGGAUCUGCUCAAAUACAGCGACGAGGACGACGACCAGCGCCUGACGACGGAGGAAUUUUACACCGCCUUCGACGUGUACCUGCUGGACCUUCCGGACCACCAAAAGGUGGCGCUCAAAACCGCGACCGUCGGCCAGAGCGUGGUGCUGACAUGUGCCAUCACGGGCCAACGCAGGCCGCCGAUACUAUGGCGGAGGAACCGACAGAACCUCAACGCCUUGAACCUCGACGACAUCAACGACUUUGGCGAUGACGGCUCACUGUACUUCACCAAGGUGACCACCAGCCACACGGGCAACUACACCUGCCACGCCGACGGCUACGCCGCACUCUUCCAGACGCACACGCUGCAUGUCCACGUGCCGCCCGUCAUCCGGGUGUACCCAGAGAGCCAAGCCAGGGAGCCGGGCGUCACCGCCAGCCUGCGCUGCCAUGCUGAGGGCAUCCCUCGCCCCCUGCUGGCCUGGCUGAAGAACGGCAUGGACAUCACACCCAAGCUGUCCAAGCAGCUCAGCCUGCAAGCUAACGGCAGCGAGGUGCACAUCAGCAACGUGCACUUCGAAGACACCGGCGCCUACACCUGUGUCGCCAAGAGCCAGGCGGGCGUCGACCAGGACAUCUCCUCGCUGUUUGUGGAGGACUCGGCGCGCAAAACCCUGGCCAACAUCUUGUGGCGGGAAGAAGGGAUGGGCAUCGGAAACAUGUUCUACGUCUUCUACGAGGAUGGCAUUAAAGUCAUGGAGCCUGUGGCGUGUGAGAUCCAGCGCCAUAUAAAGCCCAGCGAGAAGCUCCUGGCCCUGCAGGAGGAGUUGUGUCCUGCCUCAGAAGAUGACAUCAUCCAGCAGUGUGUGUGGUCCUCAGCGGUCAACGUUAAAGACAAAUUUAUUUAUGCCGCACAGCCGACCUUGGAUCGAGUGCUCAUUGUGGACGUCCAGUCUCAGAAGGCUAUUCAGACGGUCAGCACCGACCCAUACCCUGUGAAGCUGCACUACGACAAGUCUCGGGACCAGGUGUGGCUCCUCAGCUGGGGGGACCGGCAGAAGAACUACCCUACGCUGCAGGUGAUCAGUCAGGCCAGUGGGAAAGUCUCCCAUCACACCGUCCACACGCAGCCGGUGGGACGACGCAUCGACCGAGUGGACGACUUCUUCAUCCCCCCGUCCGGCCUCAUCGCCGACCACGUCAGAUUUGGUCUCAUCUUUCACCGAAAUGAGCCUGUCCUCCACAAGAUGGACUUGGAGACGCUGGCCUACGUGAAGAACAUCAGCCUGCGGGAUUUCAACUGCGUGCCCAAGUCCGUGGCCUACACCCACUUGGGCGGGUACUACUUUGUCAACUGCCAGCCCGACUCCACCGGCGCCACUCGGCCUCAGAUUGUCGUGGACGGCGUGACGGAUAGCGUGGUCGGCCGGAACCGCGACGUCAUCGGGACGCCCUACGCGUCCCCGGACGGCCGCUACCUGGUCACCGUCGACGACGGCGACGGGCUGAUGAGGAUCCAGACGGUCUCGGAGCGAGGGGACAUCGGGGAGCCGUACGACAUCCACACCAACCUUCACAUCUCCGACCUGGCCUUCCAGCGCUCCUUCACCGAGGCGCAGCAGUACAACGUGUUCGGAAGCUCCGGCCGACAGACCGACGUUCUGUUCGUGGAGCUCGGCAGCGGCAAGGUGAAGAUGAUCAAGAGCUUGAAGGAUCCCAUCAAGGCGUACGAGUGGCCGUGGAGCAGCAAGAACCGGGUGGUGCUCGGCGGCGGCGUCUUCGGCCAGUACCUCAUGACCCCGUCCAGGGAGUCCCUCUUCAUCCUGGACGGGCGGCUCAACAAGCUCAACUGUGAGAUCACCGACGUCGCCAAGGGCAACGUGCUGGCCUGGGUGGGGGAGUCUUAGAUCCGAAACCAGUUUGUUUUUCCUGAGAACGGACCGUUGCACUGAAUUACCGUCGUCGCCGAUUUUUAGGAAUUUGUGGAGAUCGAAAAACAAACGUAUACGAUAUCAAAUGUAGAUCAGGAUCGUCUUUCUCAGCGUCAACCCUCCCUAGCUUUUCUUCCCGUGCCUUCAAGCUGAAAUCCUCCUCCUUCAGAGGAAUUACCGUGAUGAUCCCCCGUGCGCCCGCCGACUGCGCCGCUCCCAUCGACCCGUCCGUUAACACAGCGGCAGAUGGGCUGCUCCUCUCUACCCCGCUGAUUAAAGGCAGCUCGUGGCGUGAUCCCAUCCAGUCAGAAGUGGCGCCCGGGAGCUUCAUUACGGGCGGGCGCUCUCCAACCUUUAAUCCCCAAUUAUUAAAGCAGCGCUGGGGAAGUUUUCCUUUCUGACCCCGAAGCCGAAAAAUCAAAGCCGACCCGUUAUUCCACUUUAAUGAAAUUUGAAUCUGAAAUAAAACUUGUAGGGUAGGUCUGGGUUACAGUUUGCCCCAUCCCUGUGAGAAUCCUGCCUGUGACUAAAAUAUUAACCCUCAUAAGUGAUACAUAUGUUUUUAGCCCUCUACAUCAUCAGUAUAUAUUUGUUUUUCUUAAAAGGCCUGACGUAUAAAAUCAGAUGCAUGCAUUAAACCAGGGGUCCCAAAACUUUUUGAACCGGAGGCCGCAUUGGGUUAAUAUAUAUAUAUAUAUAUAUAUAUA